GCUGGGGCGACGGUGGCGCGGGCCGGGAUGGAGUGAGGGGGCGAGCGGCGGAGAGAGCGCAGCCCACCGAGCUCCGGCCCCCGCCCCCUGCCUCUCUCUCUCUCUCUCUCUGGCCCGGGCUUAUGCGGCCCCCCAGAGACCAUGGGAUCCAGGAUCAAACAAAAUCCUGAAACUACCUUUGAAGUGUAUGCAGAAGUAACCUAUUCAGGAAUCAGUUGCAUUGGGAAAGAUCCUGAGGUGCGGAGGCAAUUCCCAGAGGACUACAGUGACCAGGAAGUUCUACAGACUUUGACCAAGUUUUGUUUCCCCUUCUAUGUGGACAGCCAUGCAGUCAACCAAGUCGGGCAGAACUUUACAUUUGUGCUUACAGACAUUGACAGCAAACAGAGGUUUGGAUUCUGUCGCUUAUCUUCUGGGGCCAAGAGUUGCUUCUGUAUCUUAAGUUACCUCCCAUGGUUUGAAGUCUUUUAUAAGCUGCUCAAUGUCUUGGCAGAUUAUUCAGCAAAAGGACAGGAUAGUCAAAGGAGUGAGCUCCUAGAAACACUUCAUAAACUUACCGUCCCUGAGCCAGGAACGUCUGUUCAUCUUGGAGUGCACUCCUACUUUACUGUGCCUGACAUCAGAGAGCUUCCUAGUAUACCUGAAAAUAGAAACCUGACUGAGUAUUUUGUAGCAGUUGAUGUCAACAACAUGCUGCAUCUCUAUGCCAGUAUGCUGUAUGAACGCCGCAUCCUCAUUUGUUGUAGUAAGCUGAGCACUUUAACUGCCUGCAUUCAUGGGUCUGCAGCUAUGCUCUACCCGAUGUUCUGGCAGCAUGUUUACAUUCCUGUUCUGCCCCCGCAUCUAUUGGACUACUGCUGUGCCCCAAUGCCCUACCUCAUUGGAAUACAUUUAAGUUUGAUGGAGAAAGUAAGAAAUAUGGCCCUGGAAGAUGUAGUGAUUCUAAAUGUAGACACCAACACACUGGAAACCCCUUUUGAUGACCUUCAGAGCCUUCCUAAUGAUGUGGUUUCUGCACUGAAGAACAGAUUGAAGAAAGUCUCUACAACCACUGGAGAUGGUGUUGCAAGAGCAUUUCUAAAAGCACAAGCAUCUUUCUUUGGGAGCUACAGAAAUGCCCUGAAAAUUGAACCUGGUGAACCCAUCACUUUUUGUGAAGAAACGUUUGUGUCCCAUCGUUCCGCUGUCAUGAGGCAGUUUCUUCAGAAUGCCAUUCAGCUCCAGCUCUUCAAGCAGUUCAUUGAUGGCCGUCUGGAUCUUCUUAACUCUGGAGAGGGCUUCAGCGACGUGUUUGAAGAAGAGAUAAAUAUGGGAGAAUAUGCAGGUAGUGACAAAUUGUACCACCAGUGGCUCUCCACAGUAAGGAAAGGAAGCGGAGCCAUUUUAAAUACAGUAAAGACCAAGGCUAACCCUGCCAUGAAGACUGUCUAUAAGUUUGCAAAAGAUCAUGCAAAAAUGGGAAUAAAAGAAGUGAAAAACCGCUUGAAGCAAAAGGACAUCACUGAGAACGGGUGCUCUGCGGCACCAGAGGAGGCUCUGCCAAGGACAGCACCUUCGCCCUUGGUUGAGAAGAAGGACCCUAAAUUAAGAGAAGACAGGCGGCCCAUCACAGUACACUUCGGUCAGCAGCAAAGACUACGUCCACCUCGGCCACCGCCUCCAAAGAUACAGCGUUCAUCUAGGCCCUGCUCCCUUACACAGACGUCGUCACUCAAGAAGUUGGGUUCCAAUGAACAAGCGGACAAAAGGAUCACGAUGUCAGAGCUGAAUUCCGCUUUCCAAUAUAAUGUUCGCCCGCCAAGACCUCACGUUGUUAAGAGACCCAAGAGCAAUAUUGCUGUGGAAGGACGAAGGACUUCAGUUUCCAGUCCAGAACACCUUGUAAAACCCAUGCGACACUAUACAGUCUUCCUCUCUGAGGACUCUUCUGAUGAUGAAUUUCAGCAGGAAGAGGAUCCUGUCUGUGGCUUCUCUGAAAACUUUUUCUUCUCUGCUCCUUUUGAAUGGCCUCAGCCGUACCGAGCUCUGAAAGAAUCUGAUAGUGCUGACGGGGAAGAGACGGUCAGUCCAGAAAAAUCAAAAGAGCCUCUGCCCCCCAGCCCUCUCCUCUCAAGCAAGGCCGCAGAAGUCAACCUCCUGGAAGACAUUUUCCCUAACUUAGAAGUGGAAACACAGGCUCAGCCUCUCAGCCAAGCUAAGAGCCUGGAAGACCUGCGGACUCCCAAAGAAGAGGGAGAUCAGCGCUGCACCUUUGACUACCAGAGAAUGGAUCUUGGUGUGUCUGAGAGGAACAGGAUUGUGCCAACCAUGAAGCUGUCUCACCCUUACAACAAGCUGUGGAGCAUGGGUCAUGAUGAUAUGGCUAUUCCCACCAAGUAUUCCCAAAGCUCACCGGAAAGGCCCCUGACUGCACUUGGUACCAUGCCACCAGUCACGCGGAGACCCCGGAGCAGGGACAGCAUUCUGGCUCCUGCAGAAAAGGAUGAAUCAAAUCCUGCCAUUCAAGGGAACAUCACCAUUCCUAGGCCACAGGGAAGAAAGACUCCUGAACUGGGGAUAGUGCCGCCGCCGCCAGCACCCAGGGCUUCCAAGCAUCAGACUCCAGCUGGGGCUACAGAAAUUCUCACCCCCCACACUGCAGGACGUAGCCAUUUGGUUUCAGAUCUUAUCCCAGAGCCCUUUGGAGUUGGUAGCGUGUCCUUAGACCCCGAAAUCCAGCAGUCUGUAAAUUAUUCCUCUCGUCCGUCUCAGCUUUUGUCCAGUGCUACCAGCACUGCUGAGAUGCUCCAGCCUGUCAAGGUGAAGACAGAUAAUACAGGUAAUGAGAGUGACUACCUUCUUAAUCUCCUGGAUCCAUUAAAAACAGCCAGCUGGCAAAGCAGUGGCCCACAGCAAGGUCCCCGCAGCCUGCAAAGCUCUGCCACUCCACCUUCUGCAGCUGGCUUUGUCUCGGUGGCAAGUGACUUUGUGCCUCCUCCAGCUGCACCGUUUGUCCAGCCACUUGGUUAUCCUUCCCCAGCACCACCACCUUUCUUACAGCCGUCUCCUAACCCAUUUACGCAAACAAUGCCGGGAGCCCUUUCCGUGUCUCUAGUGAGACCCCCAAGGGGCUCUUUCACCCCCUCUUUAGGUCACGCUUAUAGCUCUAGCUUCAUAACACCCAAUUCUAGCUUCUACCCACCACAAAGACCUCAACCAAACAUUUCAACACUAUCCAUGCCAAACUUGUUUAGCCAGGCUCCAGCUGUGCCACCAGCCAGCUCCUUAGUGCUGCAGAGCCACAUCUCUUCGCCAACAAGCUCACUACAGCCAGCAUGUUUAAGUGGUCCUUCUAAAACCAGAACAUUACAGGUGGGCCAGUCCAGCUCAAAGGUAGAUCCCAAACAAGCAGUGGCUCUCCUGUCUAAUGAACCCCCUUUGAUCCCUUCCAGGCCAGCUAAGGGCUUAGAGUCAGUGUUACUGUCCUCAAAAUGUGAGGAGACAAAAGAUCCAUUUGAAGAUUUGUUAAAAAAGACAAAGCAAGAUGUGUCAUCCACACCAGGUAAGGUUGAGCAGCUCAGAAAGCGAUGGGAAACCUUUGAGUAAUGCUCCCAAUGGCCUUUUGAUUUCCCUUUGGAAUUGACAGAGGGGUUUUUUGGGUUUUUUUGAGCCAGCAUUAAACCAAGCAUUUUUUUAAUGGAAGGCUGAGCCAGGAUAGCUGCAGGACCAUCACCGUGCUGCAAUUCACACACGAGUGCUUUUUGCCCCUGGUUCACAGUCCCCUCAUUGUCCUGGGCCCUGCAACUGCUUCUCACCCUCCGCCACUGAAGCCCCCGGACGCCUGCGCUGACCAAAGCACAAAGGUAGCUGGGGUUGGCGUUGGGUUUGGGUUUCCACACAUAGCUUUUCAGACAGUACUACGGAUGCAGAAGUUACACCUUCCCUUCUAUUUUCAGCCCCUAGCGCAGGUAGGAGCACGACACGGCACGUUGUAGCCUGUUUUCUCCCCGCUGUGUGAAUGGUGGUCGGUUUUUCACAUGCACCCGUCAUGGUUUGCUUUCACACAGAAAGUGCAGCGGACAAACCCAGACUCGUGGGCUGCGCUGAAUUAAUCCAUUAGGCUCUGGGUUUGUCCUGUCUCGAAAUACAGGCAUUCAUUUAGGUGAUACUAUUGAAUGAGCUCUUGUUGCAAUUUUUUUAUUUCCCUCCCAGGUACACUGACUCUGAGAGGUAACAGGGACCUCUCGGGUACAGAAUUGUCGUGAUCCCUUGUUGCAACAAAACCAUAGCACAGAGCAGUUGCUCAGGGUUUGGUCCUGCAUCUCUGUUGGGAAACUGGAAACACCAGCAAUUGAUUUUUCUCUUUUGAGCUUUUGUUUAGUUGUUCAUUUUUGUUAAAUACAUCAGAAAAUAGAGGCCAUAAAGAGUAUCCUAGUUCUUAUAUAUGCGUAUGUUAAUAUUAUAUAUAAAUAUUAUAGAUGGCAGUAUAUGAAUGGGAUGUAACAAUAUCUUACUUGAUCAUUAAAAGCAAAAAAAAAGGAGAAAAAGACUGGGGUACAGAAGCUCCUGAGCUGAAGGUGAAUGGCAGUGUGGUGACAAGGUGGCCUGAGCGCAGAGAGCUGCAGGCCGCGGCGCCCGGGCUCAGGCUGAGCUGCGCAGGGCCACAGCGCAGGGAGGGCGAUGCCAGACGGCUGCCUCUCACUGGGGACGCCAGAACUGCUACUUGCUGCCUUUGAGCCACCAGGAUCUCGUUCAGGUCUGCUCCACGCCUUCAGCCCCUCUGGAAGCCCACAAUCUUUAUCCCGCUGUUGAGGAGAAGCGUUUGCUGGUGUAACAAGGCAUUAACUGGACCAUGGUGUGGACUGUGAGGUCAUCAAGUACAAAAAUGCAAUGCAAAGGUGAAAGGGUACGUUCAUUCUGAUUUUCUAAGACACUUAUCUGUGGCAAUAGUAUUCUCAAGAAAUUUCAUCUUAAUCUUAGCAUCCCUUAUAAAACCUGCUGUCUUUGCAGUGAUCAUUUUUGUUUUACUUAAGUGGUGCUUUUUUUGUUUUGUUUUGUAUUUGGGCACAAUCUGAUGUAAAACAUGUUACUCUAGAAGAGGUAAUCACAUCACCAUUAGGCCUUUGAUAAAGGAAAUCAUUUUGGACACAUGGGGAACUUCUUGUAAAGCUUUAUCUGAUUUCCAAUCUAUCUAUUUUAUUCAUAUAAUCUUGGGAGUUUUCUUACUGCAGUGUAUGACAAUGGCUGUCUAUGCGUUUGAGUCUGUGCAAUACAAAAGCAAAAUACUCUUAUAUCUGAAAUGCCAACAGUUUGGGAAAGACCAUAGUAUUACAUUAAUAUUAUAGUUCUGUAAAGUACUGUUACUCUGACAAGCCAUUCAGUUGGGUUUGUAUUUUCUUUUUGUGUUGGAAGACAGAUGGUUUUAGUAUUGCAUAGUAAAAUAUUUAAAGUCUAAGAUAAUAGCUCCAUUUUAUUUUAUACAGUUCAGAAUACGAACGUUAUAUAUAAAUUCAGUCUGGAAUUUCAGAUCUCCUUUGCUGUGAGCUAAUGAUAAAACUUUCUCAGUUAUGGUGGGUGUGUCCGGGCACCAGAAGGUUCUGCAUACGACGCCAUUUGAAUCUCACACACUCCUUUUUAAAAUGUGUCACGUCAGCCACUGGCGAGACACUGAGCAGGCCCAUUGCACGUGCUUGACGGAAUAGAAAAACACUCAGGUAAUUGCAAAUCAUUUUCCAUCUCUGAUUAUUUUACUCCGCCCAUAUUAUGGAAUAUUUUAUACAGUUGAUUUUUAGACAAACAAGCAGUCCUGGAUUAUUUUUUUAAGUCCGUUUUGAGGCACUGAAAAGCAUUAACACUAACACAAAUGGCAUUAAUCACCCUUUGCUUCGCUUGGCAGGAGCACGGGGAGGUUGCGCCCACCUCUGGGAUCCAGGCAAAGCGAUUGCUCCUGGAAGGUGGGACCUUCCUCACUGCUUGACCAGAAUUUGCGAGCGGGAGGUUGUUUUAUGUGCUGCUCGUAAUAAAGGAUCAAACUAUCCCUAGGGCAGCAGUUAGUUUUUUGUCUUAUUUAAACUCAGGAAUUCCUAACAUGAUUCAUUCCUAACGGUGCCAGAUGUAAAUGAAGUGUGCUUGUCUGGGAGAGCAAGCUCGGAUGUAAAACGUUUCUUUUUCUGAUGUAGAAGUACUUUGGAUGGUUUUACUAAUCGAGUAUAAGAAGUGUUCCUUUUUCUUCUUGUCUGA